AUGAAGAGAGGGAUCGAAGAUGAGAAGGUAGUGGGGCCAAUGUUCCCGAGGCUGCAUGUAAAUGAUGCCGAGAAAGGAGGGCCAAGAGCACCUCCGAGGAAUAAGAUGGCUCUCUAUGAACAGUUCAGCGUUCCCUCUCAGAGGUUCAAUCCACGCCUUCUGCCACUCAACCCAAAUUCAUCUUCUAACUUAGUUGCUCCACCAACUUCUUCAACCGAGGGGAAUGGGCAUGAGAGAAGUUAUGCCUACCCAGUUCGUUUGCCUUCACAAACACCUGCUCAUCGAGCUGAAAGUUAUAUUUCUCGCCAAUCUGAUGGAUCAAACACUUCAGCGGUCCAACUAGAAAGUAGAAAGAGAGUAGAUGAAGAUGACGUUCAUGCAUACAUUUGCUCGAGGAUUGGUCAAUCUAAUGAUAAAAUGAUGAAGAGUUUCAAUGGGACAAAACUCACUCCUUUGGGUGCUAGGAUUUUUUCUUCAGUGCAAAAUGAUGGUGACAAGGAUUCAACACAAUUUGGCUCCCUUUCUGUUGAUAGGAGAAAACAUGUGAGAACUCGGCAUGAGGUGCAUCCACAUGUAAGUUCAAGUAGACAGCAACCGAAAAUGUCUGUCAAAAACAAAUCAAGUGGAGAAGUUAUUGACAGUCUAGUGAUGCAAGCAAAGGUGAUUUCAAAUCAAGAGGAUCAAGAUUGUUCUGUGCCAAAUAUAAGCAGGUUACAUCAGGAUGAUGCUUGUAUACAGCAGAACUGUGUGGCUGGGUCCCAAUCCAAUGACAUUGAACAUGGAAAUGCUCUCCUUAACUCUACAAGGGAUAUGGAUAAUGGAAAUGCCCUUGUACCAAGAAGCUGUUUUCAACCUCCAGUAAACCAAACCUGUCCAGUUGAUAUUACUGAUGAUGCUGAAUAUCAUGAUAUUGGGACGGGAGGUCCAAUACAGAAGGGAAAUUUUGAUGAAAGUGGUGAUGUUUCCAAGAUCUCCAUGGUAGCAAGUUUGUCAAGUCUGAUAGUUUCUCCUGAUGAUGUUGUAGGGAUGUUAGGCCAAAAACAUUUCUGGAAAGCAAGGCGAAAAAUUGCCAAUCAGCAGAGAGUGUUUGCUGUCCAAGUGUUUGAAUUGCACAGACUGAUUAAGGUCCAACAGCUGAUUGCUGCAUCCCCAGAUGUUUUGCUUGAAGAUAGUGCUUUCUUGGGAAAAUUUCCUCUGGAGGGAUCUACUCCUAAAACUAUUUCAUUGGAAGUUUUUGUUGAACCCCAGCAACAAAAUCCUAAGCGUAAAAACAAUUCAGAAAAGCUGAACCAUAAAACAGAAUGUUCUGCCGAGAAUGCAGUUGGGAAAAAAACCUCUUUUUCGUCCCCCAGAAAUGAUAGCCACCAUAGAAAUCACACCCCUUUUUCAGGAAUCCCACAGCAGGCAGAUGUAGCUUCUGAUAAUAGAACAAGUCCCUGGAGUUUCAAUCAGUCACCUCAACAUCAGUGGUUAAUUCCUAUCAUGUCUCCUUCCGAAGGGCUUGUCUACAAGCCAUAUCCCGGGCCUGGAUUCACCGGAACGAUGCCUGGAGGAUGUAAUGGCCCAUUCGGACAAGCACCUCUUGGUGCUACUUUCAUGAAUCCUGCCUAUCAAUUCCCAGCUUCUCAUCAAGUAGUUGGGGUUUCUCCAUUUGUUUCUCCGGCCAACCACAGCUACUUCCCCCCUUAUGGCAUGGCAGUAGUGAAUCAAGCAGCAUCAGGGUCAGCUGUUGAACAGUUGAACCAUUUUGCUGCACAAGGUUCUCAUGGUCAAAAUGGUCAUUCAUCAGUAGAGGGAGCCAAUUUUAACACUCACCAUAACCAAAGCUCAUCUAACUUGCCAGUUCAGAGGAAUGGAGCCAUGUCACAUGUUAAGAAACUUCAGGUGUCUAAGGAGAGACAAUUACAAGGGAGCACAGCGAGUACUCCUAGUGAAACACCACAGGGAAUCAGAACAGGGAACAUUGCUGAAGGUAGUGAUGCACAUUCUCUUUCUCUUCAUGCUAGUGAAACUAGACGGCAAACACAAGUCAUCAAAGUCGUUCCACAUAAUGGGAAAUCAGCGACGGAAUCAGCUGCUAGAAUUUUUCAAUCAAUCCAACAAGAGAGAAAACAGCAUGAUUUAGUCUAG